AAUGCUUCCAAAAAUUUAAGGAUAAGCAGUUGGAAGAAAAGAAAAUUUGGCUUCAUAACAGAUAGUAGAAGAUCAUCUAAAAAACAUACUGAAAAAACAAGAAAACUAAGUAUGACAAUUAUUGAAUUAUAUACAGAAUUACAAAGCAUGGAAAACCCCAUAUGCCCCAAAGAAUCCUCAUUCACCAUUUGGAGAUUUUCCAAAGGAAUAUUUGCCUAAAGAAAAGGCUAAUUAAUAAAAAGUUAUUGAACCUGUUCAUGAGACUUCCUAGAAUGCUUUAAUUACAAGUAUACAGUUGUUUGAGAUUAAAUAGAUAAAUAUUAAGGGACUCAUUAAGGAACAGGAGGAAGAACUAGUUCAUAAUUAUAGAAGAAAGAAGAAUAUAGACCUGCACCACCGAAAGCAGGAGCAUUCGAUUAAAGAACAAUAUCAGUUUCAGAUUUCAGGAGAUAUUAUGAUCGAGGAGAUUUACCUAUUAAAGUUCUAAAUUAAAAAAUAUCAAUAGGUUGAUCAUUAAGGAAGUGUAAAUAGAAUUAUAUGGAAAAUAUCUCCAGAACAAUUAGAUUAUCAUCAUUAUUUGCCAAUAUUUUUUGAUGGAUUAAGAGUAUUUCAUAAAUUUAAAAAAUAAGGAAAAAAUGGAUCCUUAUAGAUUCUUGGCUAUAUUAGGAACAUAUGGAUUACUAGAAAAUGGAGGUAAUAAAAUAUUACCAGUUAUUCCAUAAUUGAUUAUUCCAAUCAAAAGUAAUUUAAAAUUUUAGAAUAAUAGCAAAUUUGAAUACAAGAGAUCCAAGUAUUAUAGAAGUACAAUUAAAAGUAUUACAAAAAUUAGUGUUGAGUGGAGAAAUGGUUGGAGAGGCAUUAGGUAAAUUAGUUAUCUUAAAUUAUUAGUACCUUAUUAUAGACAAUUAUUGCCAAUAAUGAAUUUAUAUAAAAAUAGAAAUUCAAAUUUAGGUGAUUUUAUCGAGUACAACCAAAGAAAACGAGUUAAUAUUGGUGACUUGAUUUAAGAAACAUUAGAAUUAUUUGAAUAAACAGGAGGAGAAGUAAGAAUUUUAAAUUAAUAAUUUAAUAGGAUGCUUAUAUAAAUAUUAAAUACAUGAUUCCAACUUAUGAGAGUUGCAUUUUAAAUUGA